AUGAACUGCAUGUCCCGCAAAGCGGUUUUAUACACAGAAUCAUUCCAUAUCUCAGAAAUGUCCUCAGCAGUUGCCUAUUAUGUUUCGUUCGGUCUCAGUGGUUCCUUGACAGUUGCGUCAUUCGUUUUUAUAUGUGGCCACGAACAAAACUCCUUAGAACUAAGCUUCCGAGUGCCACUCGUCCCUUUCAUUCCAAGCCUAGGACUUCUCAUUAAUGUAUUCAUGAUGUCGUAUCUAGAUUACCUGACAUGGAUUCGGUUCAUCGUCUGGAUGUCUAUAGGUAUAUCGAAAGCAACAAUAAUUAAAUAUGCUAUCGCAGAGAGAAGCGUGUUGCAAAUUGUUCGGAAGCGCCCUGCAAUGCAUAUCGCCCCACGCCAACCAAUCUCUUCAUCCCUCGGGGUCGACAAAUUGGUACCACACUUGUCUGAGAGGAUAACAGCACUGGCUCGAUACAUCGGGACACCGCAAGUCAUUGUGAAGACCGGAGCAUUCAAUCACCUCCAACGAAUCAACACCGAGAGCGUUAUCCUUUUUUUAUCGAAAAAACCUUGUUUUCAGGCCUCGCAAUUUAUUUCCUCUAUGGCAUCCGCCAUAGUAAGGAGGGGAAGAAGAUGA